UUUGACAAUUGACAUUUUAAUCAUUUCACACAAACAAAAUUAUUUUUGCGUUAGGAAUUUAUUUUUAUUGUAUUUCAUUUCCAAGAAUCGCUACGAAAUGAAAGUGCCCCAAAAUCAAACGCUAUAGGACAAGUAAAUUGUGGCGAGCGACGAAAAAGAGUGACAAAAUGAUAGGUUUGAACGCUGUGCCAUUGAGUGCACUCAGUGGCGAAUCUCGAAAUUUGCUAUCUGAACGUUUAAAUCCAAGAAAAGUGCUGCCUAUUCGUAGCCACGAUGGAAUAACUAGACACAGAGAUUGGCGAGGCGUUGCAUCCCUUGUACCCAUAUCCGCAGAAGUAGCGGCCAGCAUCAAUGGGGUUCAGGACCAAAUGAGCAAAGUCUUGGGCAUAUGGAUAAGCAAAAACGAUGGAACAGCAAACUUUAGCCGUCUGUUGGAUAUUCUACAGUUGUUGGACAGAUAUGAUGUAUGUGAAGACUUGUUAGAACUGGCACGGGACAACAGACUUUUCAAACAAGAGAAUCACAAUGACAAUAAUCAGAUAGUGAUUGCAAUUGAUGGGUCUGAUGAGAACAUAAUCACAUAUGACGACAAACUGUUUGGGACUCCUCAACGGUACCAUGCAUAUGUGUUGUACGCUAAAGAGGACAAGAUCUUUGUUGAAGAGCUACUUACAAGGAUGAGGAGUGAAGGGUUUAAGCUGUGCACGGAAGAAGAUUUGCUGCCGGGCCACGCGACGGAAUUCGAGCCGGUAUCGAGGCUCAUAUCGGAGCGUUGUCGCUACAUUGUGUUGGUGUACUCGCCAGACUUCCUCCUGAGUCCCGCCAUUGCGUUCUACAUGAACCUCGCGCAGGCCGACGCUAUCAACAAGAAGCAGAGCAAGAUAAUCCCUCUCAUGUACCGCGAGUGUGUGCUGCCGCGUCACCUGGCGUACUACCACAACCUGCGCUACCCGCACCCGCAGAAUGGCCUACGACCCCCGUACAACUUUUGGGAGCGCCUGUCCAACUCGCUGCGUAUCGUCGACCGACCCAGAUCAAACAGCACAGAAACAACACAUUCAAAAAUAAAAAUAGUUGAAGAAUCAAACACGCAGAACAUGUCAAAUGGGUAUCAAGUGUCACAAGCGAACGGGUACAAGAACCACCUGGCCCUCCCGGAGAUACCCAAGGAAUCAUCCUCUCUGAUAGACCUGCGCUCAACACAUAUAGAGAUACCUUCCAUACAUUCCUUCGAAACUAAAUCCUUGAGCAGUUCCAGCACGAGUGAGGUCAAGAAGAAGAAAUAUGGAGCCAUCAGGAAGUUCAUCAACACUUUUCGGGGAAAGAAAGAGAAGAAGGCGAUUGCUGUAGAAAAUUAAACCGAAAAUCGCAAACAGGAAGUGAACGAAUUUGUGCCCGUAAUUUUUUUAAUUAAUAAAAUAGCGAGCAAACUAGCAGGCGGGUCACCUGAUGUUAAGUGAUUACCGUCGCCGAUGAACAUUUGCACCAAAGGUACCGCAGAUACGUUGCCGGCCUUUCAGGAAUUUUUCAUAUGAAAAUAUUAUUUUUAAGUAAUCAUCUUCAUGACCCGAAGAGCGAUCCUCUAGAAUGAAGAAGGUUUUAAGCCAUAGUCCACUAUGCUGAUCUAGUGCGGGUUGGCAGACUUCACACAUUCUGGAGAACUCUCAGGCAUGCAUGGUUCAUCACGAUGUUUUCCUACACUGUUAAAGUAAAAGAGUAAAGUAACAAGUGUAUUUACCCUUAAGUUAAUAACUAUUUUAAGGCAUACUCAUAAUAAUUGUAAUUUAAAUUGCUCAGAACAACGAUUUCGGCACCUUCUUUCAUUAAAGUAAGUAUAUUAUGUAAAGUUAGGUCUAAAAUCUAGAUUAGGGUUGACCUUCACACAUCUGUUAACCACAUUAAAGUAUUCUUUUAUAUUUUUAUGCCAAGAAGUAACAAUUAAGGUCGACUAUAUUCGAAAUUUUGUAACUAUUUAUCUGUUGAUAAUAUUACAGAUAUACAAUUAUUAUGGUUAUAGAAAUAGUAAAAGAAAGAUAAUUUCAAAUAAACUUUUACAAGUACUAUACCAUAAUAGGAAUAUCCAUUAAUGAAUAAAAUAUAGUAUAAGAACAAAAAAUACUUUUAAUUUUAAACUUGAUUGUCUGUGGUAAUCAGGGCAUGACAUUGAUAAGUAGUCUGUUCUUUUAGUUUCUGACACCAAUAAAAUAAGUAUGGUAGUUUCUCAAAGAAAACCUACUGUUUGCAAAAUGUUUCUUUGAAAUAAAGUUAGAAUUUUCUAGGAGAACAGACUAUAUAACUCAUACCAGUAAAAAAACAAAUCGAAAAUAGCUGCAUAAAUAAUUCCCUUUCACUUACACAUUGUAACUUGUAUAAUGUGUGAGUGAGACGGAAUGAUUAGCGCUGCUGUUUCGAUUCUUUUUUCUUUAUUGGCACGAGUAUUACGCGGGUUCUUGUUCCGUCGCGUCUAUCGAAAACUAGUUUUUAAGUUUUUUUUGAAUGGUUCUUAUUCGGUUGUAUAAAACCAAAAUGUAAACUAAAAAAACACAGAUCUAAAAUGAGUGCCAUACUUUUCACAAUGCAUUAUGUGAAAGAGUAGGACACUAUUUUCAAAAAAAACGAAAUUAACAGGUUUAAUUGAAGAGCUCUUGGAACUCAAAAUAUGAUGAAUCGCUUUCGAUCAAAGGGUCAAUAGAAUAAAAUUAAGAUAUUUUUAUGUUAGAUUUUUUUUAAAGAUUCGAUUUACAAUUUUAUAACUAAGCCAUGUAUAAAAGUAUUUGCAGACCCGUGCAUCAAUACACAAGAAAAAUCGGUCAGGUGCGAGUCGGCCUCGCACACAGAGGGUUCCGUAGAGUUCCUUUUUUCCUUUUGAGAUAAGGAAUCCUAAAAAUUGGCUCAAGUCACUUGAGGCUAUCGAAAGUGCCUUGUGCUGAUUGGACACUGCCAAAAACCAUAAAUCAAGAGAAGAAACCUGUCAAUUUAGAUUGGUCCAGAGAUUUGUAUACAACCGAUUUAGCACCAUGAUGUAAUUAAAAUGUAUAUAAUAUUUUUAUAUAAGUAGUUCAUGAGUUCUCAAACAAGACGCAAGGUUACCUAUUGAUUUUUUAGAAAUCUAAAAAUACCACAAAGAAUUUAUCCAAGGUGCUUCCAAACAGGCAAUAUAACGUUCAAAUUGUUUACUAUUGUAAACAGUAUUUUGUUGAUUCUAUGUUUUGUAUAAGACGUACUGUUUUAUAGGCUGUUAAAUUUUAAAGACUUACAAAAUGAAAUUAUUAUGUUAAAUAUUUUAAUAAAAUCUUGUCAGAAUUA